AUUUUGAAAUCUCCUCAGAAGUUUGGUGGAAAACACAUUUUAGAAGAGAAUAACAAUGAAUAUUUUAUCAACAAGAUAGAAUUUUUUAAAAAACGAAUUUUAUCAGAAAUGGAAAAAGACGACAAGAAUUUAUGGAUCGAAUAUAUGAACCAUCAUCGUGAAAAGUAUUUACUUGAGUGUAUUUCAACGAAACUGAUAUUAAAUACGAUGAACUACAAAAAUUAUCAGAAAGUUGCUG